AUGCACGAGAAUGGCUCAGCAAGGAAGAGGGCACCUGCGCAGAAGAGGGCGUUACGAGGAAGCCCUCAGGGCAUCGAAGUGGGCGAGGAAAAGGGCGGCGACGACGGGACUGGAGCAGAAGAGGGCGAUGGCGUCGACAACGACAAUGGCGAGGAGGGCAUGGGCGAGGAGGAGGAGGCAGACACGGCGAUGGAAGAACUGGCCGAUAUCGCAGGGAUGAUGGAAAUUUGA